AAUCCGAGUCCACCAACAUGACCUUCCACGCACCCUCCCUCGCUCUCACUUUCCCUCCUCCUUUUAUAACGCCUUUCCCCUGUCGCUUGGCGCGCAUCAAAACCCCUCUAAUUACCAUAAACUCUCCAAACCCUAACCCUAGGAACCCACGCAAUCGCCCCCUCCUCUUCUCCUCCUCCCCUUCCCCUUCCUCCAUGGGCUCCGAGGCCGAGAUCGAGCGCGUGCUGUGGACGGAAGAGGAGAUCGCGCGCCGCGUCGCCGAGCUCGGCGCCGCCAUCUCCGCCGACUUCAAGGGCGCCGUCCCCUCCCCCGUCGUCCUCGUCGGCGUCGCCACCGGGGCCUUCCUCUUCCUCGCCGAUAUCGCCAGGGAGAUCACCGUCCCCGUGGCCAUCGACUUCGUCCGCGCCGAAUCCUAUGGCGCGGGCACGGAGUCCAGCGGUGAGCCCAGGAUCUCUGGCGACCUCAAGAUCGAUGUCGAGGGAAAGCACGUGAUCAUUGUCGAGGACAUUGUAGACACGGGGAAUACUCUCUCCCGUCUCAUGUCUCACUUGGAAAAGAAAGGACCACUCUCUGUAUCAUUGUGCACAUUUCUCGAUAAACCUGCGAGGAGGCGGGUCAAUUUUGAGCUAGUAGGAGAAGGAAAAUUUUACCGUGGUUUUGAGUGCCCGGAUUACUUUGUGGUAGGCUAUGGCAUGGACUAUGCAGAGCUCUACAGGAAUCUGCCUUAUGUUGGCAUCCUUAAGCCCGAAAUGUAUAAAUAAGAUAGACUAUGAAUUCCUCAGCUUUGCUAUAUGCAGGGAAGAUCUCUGCCUUCUUUUUAACAAAAAGCUCAAAGAUUGGGCUUCAGCUGAUUCCUAUUUAUUCCAGAGAAUGUAAAGAGACAAGAGAUAAGAGAGACUGUUGAUUCCUCAGCUUUUUGUUUAAUUUGGGGAAGAUCACUGCCUGCUUUAGAUUAAAAAGCUUUAGGAUUGGUCUACAGCUGAUUACUAUUUAUGCCAAAGAAUAUGAAUAGACAACAGAUAAAUUGUACUCUGUUCUCUCUCAUUUGAGUUAAUAAAUUUCAAGGUUGACUA